UUUCUGUUAGAAACGUGAAUCCUGACCAGGCAAGAGUGUGGGAAGAGUGAGGUCAGGUCAGAUCUGAAAGUGUCAAGGAAGAGGUUGGGAGGAGGACAGCUAAGUCAGAUGCUUUUGUUUCAUUUCUCUUUCCAUUUGUAUUUAUGUUGCAGCCGCCUGGUCUGAGCCCUGGGAGUUCAGGAGGGGGUUCAGUCUGCAUGGGGAGACUUUCAAGGCUGGGUCAGUCGGAGAUGGGGAUGCGCUGGCAGCCCGCACUCAGUUAGAUAGAUGCAGCACAUUGCUGCUGCUGUUGGGUUCUGACUUUUAUUUCCAAAAGAGGGGGGAGGGGAAGGGGGUGGGGGCAGGAAUGCAGCGUGUCAGUCAACAGCUGGUUAGGUGGGGGGGUGGAAUGUAAGUAAGGGAGAGCACUGUCCCCAUUCUCUCCCCCCUCUCCCCUGCCCUCUCCCCUGACCCAUGCUUGAAGAUGGACGAGUCUUCCCUGCUGGACUUGCUGGAGUGCUCGGUGUGUUUGGAAAGGCUGGACGCUACUGCUAGGGUGCUGCCCUGUCAGCACACCUUCUGCAAGCGCUGCCUGGAGAAGAUUGUCAGCUCCAGGAGCGAGCUGCGCUGUCCCGAGUGCCGGAUCCUGGUGGACUGUGGCGUGGACGAGCUGCCCGCCAACAUCCUGCUGGUGAGACUGUUGGAUGGCAUUAAACAGAGGCCGAGGAACGGCAGGUCGACCCCUACCUCUGGCCCUGCGUCUUUCCCCUCCGGAGGGAGUGCCGCGUGUCCUGCUCCAGCAGCUCUGGGGACAACAACGAGAGAGCAUCCCACAGCCAGUAACCGGAGCUCUCCAGGGAAGAGUGUUCCACAGUUACCAUGUGCUAAAGCUCUCUACAACUAUGAAGGGAAGGAACCUGGCGAUCUUAGGUUCUGCAAAGGUGAUCUCAUCAUUCUACGACGUAAGGUGGAUGAGAACUGGUAUCAUGGCGAGCUUAAUGGUACCCAUGGCUUUUUCCCAGCUAGUUAUAUUCAAUGCAUCAAGCCUCUUCCACAGCCACCUCCUCAGGGCAAAGCACUUUAUGACUUUGAAGUAAAAGAUAAAGAGCAAGACAAGGACUGUUUGACUUUCUCAAAGGAUGAAAUUUUGACUGUCAUAAGGAGGGUGGAUGACAACUGGGCAGAAGGAAUGUUAGGAGAUAAGAUUGGCAUAUUUCCACUCUUGUAUGUUGAGCUAAAUUCGACUGCAAAGCAGCUGAUUGAAAUGGAUAAACUGUGCCUGGCAGUUACACAGAAUGCUGAUGCAGCUCCAUCAGCUGCUACCAAUGCAGGAGCCAGCUCAGCAUCCAGCUCUCCUGUAAAUAGUGGGGGAGCUGUCAGUGCCAUCCACAGACGCAUUGAUGGCAAGAAAAAUGCCAAGAAGCGACAUUCCUUCACUUCGUUCAGCAUGUCACACAAGUCUUCCCAAGCCAUCACCAACAGGCACUCGAUGGAAAUCAGUGCACCAGUUCUCAUCAGUUCCAGUGACCCCAGAGCAGUUGCCAGGAUUGGGGAAGUACCACAUCUAUCAUCUAGUGCACCAUCCCAGGCUUCAUCUCUUAAUGCUAGCACAGCUGCUGGUGCAGUCGGACCCAGACCAGGGACAACCACAGGGGACCAGAGCACAGCAUCAAAACCCCAGCUACCACUCAAUAUAUAUAUGGCCAUGUAUGCGUACAAGCCACAGAAAGCAGAUGAGCUGGAACUACGAAAAGGAGAGAUGUAUCGAGUCAUUGAGAAAUGUCAGGAUGGAUGGUUCAAAGGCACUUCACUGAAAACUGGAAUGUCUGGUGUCUUUCCUGGAAAUUAUGUGACUCCUGUCUCCAGGGCUCCCUUUGCAACAGCUCAGUCAAAAACCACAAUGCCAGGAGCAGCUGUCCAAACUGUAAAAGGAAGCUCCCCGUCGAGCCAUUCUGCAUCCAGUCUCGUGAAUAACGGCAUAAAGCCCAUUCCUCCUGUUGCCAUUUCACCUGUUCCGCCACAGCUUCACACAUCUGGUCCGCAGAUCAGCAAUUGUUUACGUUACUCAGGACAGCAAACUGUCAACCAGGCCCGCAGUGCAAUGCAAAUGGUUCAUCCUGCUGUUCAAGCACUUGACCGUCCUACAGCAACUGUACCACCGUUAAGGACACAAAGUCCUCCCGCCCGUAUCCCUGCCACUGUAGUGCGACCACAGCCAAUGACCUCACCACAGCAUGUCCUUCAAUUCUCUGGAGCUCCUGGUGCUAGAUCGACCAUUUCACUCACCUCUGCAGCUUGCGCCAUUACGCCACCAAACGUCAAUGCAGCCAACUUGAAUGGGGAUGCCAUGAGUGGAUCAGCAAGUACCUCACUGACUUCCAGUCCUUCAAAUCCCGUACCUGCUGUGCCCAAAAUGGAGGACCGGAAAACUGAGAGGAAAGAGAAGAAAAGUGGACUUUUAAAACUUCUGUCAGGAGCAUCAGGAAAGAAGAAAUCCCGCUCACCUCCAUCUGUAUCUCCAACUCACGAUUCCCCACAGGCAGCAGCAGAGAAUACUCUGCAAGGGGCCAUGGGUCCUGAAGUUCCUCCAGUGUCAAGCCAUGGCAGAGCUGGCUCUUGCCCUUUAGAAAGUGAGAUGCAAGGCACUAUGGGAAUGGAGCCACUCCACAGGAAAACUGGCUCCUUAGAUUCCAACUUUUCCAUUUGUCCACCUACUCGGCAAAUGUGCUCUUCCAUGGUUGCAAUCCGUCCAGAUCUCAAACCACUUCCUUGUGAAAGAUUUCGAGUGCUGGUCCCAUAUCCCCCUCAGAGUGAGGCUGAGAUUGAACUUAAAGAAGGUGACAUAGUGUUUGUUCACAAGAAGCGGGAAGAUGGAUGGUUCAAAGGCACGUUACAGCGAAAUGGAAAAACUGGUUUAUUUCCAGGAAGUUUUGUCGAAAGCUUCUAAGAAGCCUGAUGUUUAUGGACAUCUGAUCUUUUUAUCAUCUGAAUAUCAUGGCUAUUUGACAUUAUAUAAAUGUAGAUAAACAUUCAAGCACAACGUCACAGCAAUCAACAAUUUACAUCCACUGCCAUCAUCACUUCCAAAGAAAUCAAAAAGACCCUAUCUGCAGUAAUGGUUCAUUGACAAUACCAUUAUUAUAUAAAAGAUGUACAUACAGAGGUAUGUUGAAGCAGUGCCUUCCCAUGAAGCCACCGACUGAGAGACAAGUACAUUUGCUUUUAAACUAUACUGAACUACAUUUAUUCUCUACUGUGUAAAUUAUAAAUUUGAACUUUUUUUAAAUAGAAUUUUGAUAUAUCACCAUAACUUAUUUGGUAAGGUUAGCACAAAUAAUGAAUGAUUGUAUGUGAGGUGCUUUCUCAGACAAGGUAAAUAAUUUUUCUUCUUUCAGUCUAAUAAUCAGAAAGUAAUUGGAUUAGAUUGGAGCUGUCAACAAACUGGAGAAAAAUUGCAAUUCAAAACCAGUCAAAUAAUUUGUUGCUUGUAGUUUAAUUAAAAUAGUACGGUGACUUUGGCUAAUUCAGACAAAGCAGCUAUAAAACCAUUAUCAAGUUGUAGGAAUUAGCUGACCAUAUUAGAUAUCGGAAAGUGAUUCAGUCAUGUUAUGACAAUCAAUUUGGUCUGACUACACAGAAAGGUUUGGCCUGAAUAUACAAAAGGUAAGUUCACAAAUGAGAGAAAAUGUCGUGAAAGUAUUGGCAGUGUUUGUUAAAUAGAAUUCUGUGUUUUUUUCUCAAGUUGCACAAUAUUAAUGCAAGUUAUCACUACUGAAGACAAGCAAGCAUGUUCUGAUUGAACAAUUAUAAUGGAGAACAGAAGACAAAUAAUAGGCUUAUCGCCUAUUUCAUUAUUCACUGAACAACAUUUGUAUCUAAAGAAUGUCAGUUAGCAACUACCAAGGUGACAAGGACAUAUAGUUUCCAAUACAAUUUUUUUCCUAACUCCAUUACACCUAGAGACUGGUACUACAAGCAUCUCUGCGGCUGAGUAAUAUGCCAUUUGCUGAGUUCCAUUAUUGCAGUAAAAGAAUGGGAUCACUUUUUUCUGUAGUAACUCCAGCACUUACACCAAAACAUGCAGGUUUGCCAUUGUAAUUUAUGGCCAUCAGGUUGUCCAUAUAGCAUGCUUGAUGCCAUCAAACUAACACAACAGCUGAUAGAGCAAAUGGCAAUGACUUUUUUUUUAGAUUAGAUUACUUACAGUGUGGAAACAGGCCCUUCGGCCCAACAAGUCCACACCGACCCGCCGAAGCGCAACCCACCCAUACC